AUGGCUUCUCUUGGACUAGUAAUGUUUAUUUUAUCUUGUGCAAUAUUCCAAGCCUUUCUAGUUUCCAGUACCAAUUAUGGUGGUCUUUUACCAGAGUUGUACCAAUUCUCAAGUCCUCAAGCAACUGAAAUUGUAAUCUCUGUUUUGGAAGAGGCAAUUGCUAAAGAUCCAAGAAUGGCUGCUUCUUUGCUAAGACUUCACUUCCAUGACUGCAUUGUCCAGGGAUGUGAUGUAUCCAUAUUAUUGGAUAAGAGUAGUGCAUUCAAAAGUGAAAAGGAAGCAGGACCAAACAAGAAUUCGCUAAGGGGAUUUGAGGUAAUUGAUGAGAUUAAAGCUAAAUUAGAACAAGUUUGUCCUCACACUGUCUCUUGUGCUGACAUUCUAGCACUUGCUGCUCGAGACUCUGUCGUCCUAGUAAGCAUCUAA